UCAAUUCUCCACAAUCCUCUACAAGGAACACCUACCUCGUCUCCCUGCUCCUUGCUUCCCUCCUCUCCUUCUCCGUUUUUUGUCUUGAGCUAAAAAGUACGGACGUCGCUGCGAUCAAUACAGUUCUUCUUACUCCUCACACUUUCUCUCCGACGAAUUGACUCGCCCCUCUCCUUCCCAUCUCAUCUGGGUCGACUCUCCCUCUAAAUCACCUCAACAUAGCCGAAUACCUACUGCGGCCCGACCAACUUGGCCACUUUACCUACUAUACCCGUGCUGAGUCUAUACCAGCUCUCUUGAGGAUUUUAUCUCUUGCUUCCGUCUCCAUUUCUUCAUCACACCUGAUAAAACAAAAAAAAAAAAAAAAAAAAUAAAGAGUAUUGUUUGGUCCCGUGCGACCGCUUCCAAGUUACAACAUGGCGGGAAAAAUGGUGCUUUAUAAGCUGGUGGUCCUCGGUGACGGUGGUGUCGGUAAAACAGCUCUGACAAUUCAGUUAUGUCUACAACAUUUCGUUGAAACUUAUGACCCGACAAUUGAAGACUCGUACCGAAAACAAGUCGUCAUAGAUGGCCAGGCUUGUAUGUUGGAAGUAUUGGAUACCGCCGGCCAAGAAGAAUACACAGCCUUACGAGACCAGUGGAUUCGCGAUGGUGAGGGUUUCGUACUAGUUUAUAGUAUUUCGUCUCGGUCAUCGUUUUCCCGAAUCAAGAAAUUUCAUCACCAGAUUCAACGGGUAAAAGAAUCAUGCUCAGCAUCACCUACCUAUCCUGGCUCGCCGAUAUCUACAAUAACGCCCCCAAGUGCCGUGCCGAUUAUGCUGGUUGGUAAUAAGAGCGACCGGGUAACGGAAAGAGAAGUAUCGACCCAAGAAGGUCAUGCUCUAGCGCGGGAGUUAGGUUGCGAGUUCGUCGAGGCAUCGGCCAAGAACUGCAUAAACGUCGAGAAGGCUUUCUAUGACGUCGUUAGGAUCCUACGUAGACAGCGACAACAAGCAUCUCGGCCGAUGCCGCAAACCGGCCGUCCACGACCUCAAAAUGGAGAAGCUCCCCACAGGGAACCUGGGGAUAGGUAUAGGAGGAACCGCCGAGGCGGAGGUGGAAACGGACGCUGCGUCAUAUUAUAGAUGGCGUCUUAUUCUUAGCAUUACAUGCGCUCUCGCGCGUUCACGACCAGCAUUCUGAUGACGAAUUUGUUCCAGUGUUUGGUUGCGUGCUCCAAGCUCUAAUACGAUCCCCGAAAUGAUGACAACAUCAAGCAUGCACGCAUACGACAGCGCACU